UUUCGUAUCUACUUUCUCUUCCUCCUUUCUUUUCACUGACCCCUAUCCUGCAGCUCAAGGUAACUUAGAACAGGAAGUUAGCUGUCUGUACUAGGGGGUUGGGCUAAAGAAAGAGGAAUGGCAAGGGAGGAGCCACAGCUGAUUGGUGUGUAAAGACUCCAAUGGGAUGAAAGAAUCCCAUCUUUGCAUUGGUUUUGUGUGCCGGCGGAGGCGGGAUCUGGACGUGAGGAGGGGUUUGAGUAUCAUGUAGCAUGCUAGAUUGAUUACGCUUGAAUGUUAAAGGGGAAGGAGGCUUGAGAUUUUUUGUCUGUGAGUCGGGAGUGCCGCUGUAAUGUUAAUCUGCUGGGCUUUUCUUUUUUUUUUUUUGGUGCCCCUUCUCACCCUCUUUUCUGCACCUGACCAGGGUCCUUUUAAAGACAAACCUAUGGGACUGUGAGCAAAGAGAUAGAGGGGGGAUCUCAGAGAAUAAAAAAUGCAAAAGAAAGACACAUGUUCAGCAAGUUGAGAAGUGGAAGACACGUCCAGGAGGACGUUGAGGGGACUGUUUGAAGGAGACGGGACAAUGUGUAAAUUGAGAGUGGAAGAAAGAAAGGGGGAGGGGUAGAGGCGUCCAUGGUCUUAACUGUGUCCGAGAUUAGAGGGUUCUUUUUAUAUUUUUUUUCAAGGGGCGUCCAGUGGAGCCUUUUGUGUGUUGAUAUGAUCUGCAGGAAGUGAAGGAGCAUGAGAGAGUUGUUCUGUCAACCUCUGCGCUUGCUGCUGCUCUCAAGGAGAUUUGAGCAGGGCUAUCUGUUUCCAUCUAUUCUGCUGUGCUCCCAACAGGGCAGACCAUUCACCAUGAAGGACACAGCGAUUAAAAGAUGUCUGCAGAUGGGUUUGGAGCUGGAGUCAGCGAUGCUCAGCAAACCCUGCAGUCCUUCUGGCCACGGGUCAUGGAGGAGAUCAGGAACUUGACUUUGAAGGACUUUCGUGUGCAGGAGCUGCCUUUAGCUCGAAUCAAGAAAAUAAUGAAGUUGGAUGAGGAUGUCAAGAUGAUCAGCGCUGAGGCUCCAGUACUGUUUGCCAAAGCUGCUCAGAUCUUCAUCACAGAGCUCACGCUCAGAGCGUGGAUCCACACUGAGGACAACAAGAGACGCACUCUACAGAGGAACGAUAUUGCCAUGGCAAUAACAAAGUUCGACCAGUUUGAUUUCCUGAUCGACAUCGUGCCCCGGGACGACCUAAAGCCCCCUAAACGACAGGAGGAGAUGCGUCAGUCAGUCGCCCCAGCAGAGCCGGUGCAGUACUACUUCACGUUGGCCCAGCAGCCUGGAGCCGUGCAGGUUCAAGGUGCCCAGCAGGGCCAGCAGCCCGGCACGCAGACGCCGACCACCAUCCAGCCUGGACAGAUCAUCAUCACGCAGCCGCAGCAGGGCCAGAUGUUGCAAGGUGCCACCAUGCAGCAGUUACAGCAGGUGCAGGUUCAGUCACAAGGCACCCCCAUCACGAGCGCACCUGUUGCCAUGCAGGUGGGUGAAGGCCAGCAGGUGCAGAUCGUCCAGGCUGCUGCAGCUGCUCAGGGUCAAACCCAGUCUGCGCAGGCGCAAGGCCAGACCAUGCAGGUCAUGCAGCAGAUCAUCACCAACACGGGAGAGAUCCAGCAAAUCCCGGUGCAGCUAAACACAGGCCAGCUGCAAUACAUCCGUCUGGCCCAGCCUGUGUCUGGAGCGCAAGUGGUGCAGGGACAGAUCCAGACUCUCGCAAACACCCAGCAGAUUACACAGGCCGAGGUGCAGCAAGGACAGCAGCAGUUCAGCCAGUUUACUGAUGGACAGCAAUUGUACCAGAUCCAGCAAGUGACGAUGCCAGCCGGGCAGGAGCUGACUCAACCUAUGUUUAUUCAGUCCACCAGCCAGACAGCUGACGCGCAGGUCACACAGGUCAGCGCCGAGUAAACAAGAUCCCGCCUCCUCCGCCGCCUCCUCACGUCUCCCACAUCCACACCAGCCCAUGUGAAGCCAGCUCACGUCACCAAGAAGGGAUGCUCUCGUGUUUUUUAAAACACUGCUGAUUCAGAUGAGAGACCUGUAAUUUUCUAAAAAAAAAAAAA